AUGCAAACAUUUAAACGAAAUGGAGUAGAAGAAGGUAUAAAAAAAGUCAUUGAAAGCUAAGGGUUUGCAUGGCAAUAGAACGAGAUGAGAUAAUCUCAAUAGCAAUCACCAAGCUUCCAGUAAACCUUCAAUAGAAGUCAGUCUUAAUAAGAUCAUAACUUAAAAAUAGAUAUCUAAGUUGAAGACAAAUAAAUAUAAUUGGAUAGCAGUAGAAAGGAAGAAAAAAAGUUGGAUGAGGGAGAAUAACAUAAUAGAAGGCAAAAUAAGUCUUUGUUUUAAACGUUAAAUAACAGCAUAGAUAAGUUAUUUUGUAAUGAUAAUUUUUCAAGUGGAUAAGACAUAUCAAAGUAUGUUAUUUUCAGAGAUUUCUAAUCUGAUAGUAAGUUAAACUCUAAAUAUGGUAGUAAGAGGGAAAGCAAGUAAUAAACUCCUAAAUGCACUCCAAGAUUUAAUUUUUAAGGGCAAGAUUGCUAAAAUUUAUAGUAAUAGGUAGCUCAGUUUUUUGAUAAGCCAAAUAAGAAUAGUAGUAAUUAUUAGAGCCAGGAGAGUUUUUGUUUCAAAGAAGGUAGGAACAUUGAAAGCAUUAUUCCUAACUCCUAAACAUGCUCCUCUAAUAUAAACUAAGUUAUUUUUCAAAAUAAUUUAUCUUACUCUUAACAAAAUAAUGGCAUAAACAAUAAGGGCGAGAAUGAAAACCUUGGGUAUAAUGAAUACUCUCCAUAUAUGAUUUACUAAAAAAAUAAUACCAAUGAAAUAGAAAACUAGCAAUAGCUUAAUUCAUACCAUUUGCCACAAAAGAAGAAAAAAAUAAGCACAAACAGUGCACUAAAUGCUACAAAUAUCAAAUAAAAUAGCAAUAACUUUUAUCAUCAAAUAAAUAGCGAUUUUUAAACUAAUGCAAAUAAAUAAGCAUCUAUGAUGAUUAUGAUGUCAUAAGUUUAGACUCAUUAAAAGUAGUAUAGACUGAAUAAGCAGUAAACUACCAAAAACAAUGAAGUUUAGGGUUAGAUUAAUUAUAAUCAAAGUGGCCGAGUAUGCUAAACUGAGCCCUCUUAUGAUGAUUUUUAGGAAGAAUCUUCUGAUAUGACAAGCAAUUAUAAAAGUGGUCAUAUAAUUCAAGACAGUGGUAUCAAGUUCUAUUAAUAAAAUGAAAAGGUAUUAGGAAAAUCGCCCUUCAUUAAAAACGAGAACUAAUCUUAUAAUAUAAACAACACUAAUAAUACUAGAGAAUUUAGGAAUAUUUAAUUAACUAAGAGACCUAUCAACGAUAUCAAAAAUUCUAAACAAAUUAUUACAGAAGAGAGGAAUCAUGAGUAUGAUUAAAUGAAAGAAGACUAUUUUAACGAAGAAGAAUAAUCUUAUGAAGUUGAUUAAGUUAGAUAAAAUAUUAUUGAAGAUCUUGUGAAAUUUCAACAAAACGGCUAACAGUUUGCAAACAAUUUGAAGCAUAAUAAUUUUUUAAACUAAAAAUUGUAUUAGAAUUAAAUAAGCAGAGUUAAAUAAUAAGUCAUGAUUUAAUAAUAAAAUACUUCUAAAAAUAUACAGAAAAUAAACGGAAAUGAUUAAAAAUAAGCAGAUUUUUAAAAUAGAGCUAUCAGACGUAAUAAUACAAAUCCUAUUGGAAUAUCACCUUCAUAAUAAAACCCUAUACGUAUUGGUUCUGGAGACUCAAGGAAAGCAAAUUAAAUUUCUAUGAUUAAAAACGUUUAGUUGUUUGGGGAUUAAAAUAAAGUAUAUUUAAAUGGAAAAAUUAAUGCUGCUAAUAAUGAAACUACAAACUUCAAUCAUAUUUAGAGAAAGGUUAGGCAGUUUAGUGCACACGCAAGCAGUUCAAGCAACAAUUAAUUUUCAACAGAUAAAAAUAACCAUAUAAUAGAUGAAGAUUAUAGUGCUAAUAACGAAUCGUUUAUGAAUUUAAAUAAUAUUCCAUUAUAUACAGAUGCUUCUUAAGAUGAGUUAGGCAAGUAACAAGUACAAAAAAAUGCAUUUAGUCAAUAAGCUUAGCAAAGCAGAAAUAAGCAGGAAUAAUAAAUUUUAAACAUAACUUAGCAGCAGCAACAUUAAAUAAAAAAAUAAUUGAAUUUUAAAUCUUAUUAAGAAGAUUAGGUUUAACUGAAUAUUGAAAAGUAAAUUAUCAAUAAAAAGAUAUCAGAUUUUGAAAAGAAAAGAAAUAUAAAUCUUAAUAAUUAGCAAUAACUUUAGUAGCAAUAAUAGCAAUAACAAGCUUCAUCUUCUUCAUAAUCUUCUGCGAAUAGUUCUAAAAUAGCUAAUUAACAAUAAAAUAUAAUGGCAAAUACUCCGUCAUCAGCACAGGCAAUACCUCAAAAUUCAGUUUACACAACUUAAUAACAAAAAAGAAAUCAAUCUGCUUAGAAGAAGAAAAAAAGUAAAUCUAAAUCUCCCGCAUAAAAAGAAUUAGAUAGCAUUAUAGAAGUCCCAUCAAAACUCGAAAUAAGUUCUUUCUUGAAUACACAAACGAUGAAGCAAUCUUAAGAGAAAAAUAAAUAAAUAUCUAUUGAAUAAAAAAAGCAGUCUUAAGGAUAAGAAUUAAAUUCUAUUAAUUUAUUAGAUUCAUCUAAUUAAAAUGAAGAUUAGUAAGAAAUUCUUAAAAAAGGAGAUAUUCAGCAAAUUGACUAUGGCAAAGUGAUAUGUAAGACAGAGGGAAAUGAAUCAGAUUCCUCUUUGAAAAUAAAUUUCGAUGAAAGUGAUGGUUAGCCAAUAAAAACAGAAUAAGAUUAACAACUGCUCUCUACUAAUUAGAGCAGCACUUACAAAAUAACAAACUAAGAAAAUGCUUUGAAUUACAUAAGAAGCAUAAAUUCUAAGUAAUUUUAGAAAAACCAUAAAAGAAUAUAAUCUGCUAAUAAAAAUUCAAGCAGCAACAGUACUAAUUAAAAUAAUUUUUUAAUGCAUCCACAAUUAACUUUGACAAUUAAUAGCAAUUAAACAUUAUAAAAUAUGCCUUCAAGUUAAUACUUUUUGUAAACAUAGAAUAAUAUCCAUAGAGGUCGUUUUAACUCAUAUUAAAAUAGUAAUUCUAAUUAGUUAAAUUAAUAAUAAAUUUAAAAGAAGCUAAAUAUUCAAUGCCAAACAACAACAAAUAAUGCAAGUAGUUCUUAAUAAAAUUCUUUGACAAAUACUCUCCUCAAAAAUUAAUUAAAAAAAAGAUCGUUUACUCCUAUGGCUACAACUAAUCAAUAGAAUAUGAACUAAAUUUAGUUUUAAAACUCCACCUUUAAGGAUUCAUUUUUUAAUGAAAAUUAAAAUUAAAGUGGGAGUCGAAAUAAUAUCAAAAAAAUAACUCGAAAUCAAAAAAAUUUUUCUAUUUCUCAUUAAGAAAAAGACUAGCUGAACACUACUUAGUAAGGUGUUCUUAUGUAAUAACUAGCACCAUAAUAUCAAUAAUUAUAAAUAAAUCCUCAGUAACAAUUACAAAUUUCAUCCCAAAUUUUCCCCAAUUUGCAAAAGUAGCAAAUCAAGAGAAAUGAAAUAGCUUUACAAAACAAUUAAUAAAAUAACCAGACACAGCAAUAAGCUUAACAAUUGCCAAUUCAAAGGCCCUCUUCAAGAUCAGUGCUAAACCAAAAUAAUGGAGUAUAGUAAACAGUUUAAAAAUAAAAAUAAAUAAUUAACCUAAAUCUAAAUAAUAUUGGUAGUAAUUCUAAUAAUAAUUUAAACACUAACUCAGUUAAUCUUUAUAAUAAAGUAAACAAAAUUUGA